AUGUUUCGCGAUAUUUACAAAGAGUCUCUCAAAAUAGACACGCCAGAGGUAAAUUUGACCAACGACAGAAGCAGCAGAGUCUUUCCGUACGACAGAGACAUUGACAGAAUACUGCCAGAGUGCUACAAAACAGCAAUACGCGGGACCAAAGAGGAAAAGAUAGAUAAGUUUUCAGAGGGCACGCUGUUUUACGUUUUCUUCAACCAUUGCGGAAAAAGGGUUCAGAUAGACGCAUACGACCGGCUGCUCAAGCUAGGCUGGAUGUACAGCAAAGAAAUGAAAACGUUUGUGCAGAUAAUCAAGAAGAACGUGGAGCCUGGUCUUAUCCUGUACUUUGACUACUGCACAUGGAAGAAAGUAACCAAAGAAGUAGUCAUCGACCAGGCUUUCAUGAGCACGCUAGAAGACAAGAAUAUUUAA